AUGGCCGACUCCGAGGGCGAAAUCGAAGAUGAUGCACGACUGCUCGAAGGCGAUGAGGCCACACAUGCACAAGAAAGUCCUACUGGCGAUCGGCACGAGAGUCGAUCCAAUAUGGAGGAGAAGUUCCAGGAGCUAUCGGGCAACAUUAAAGAUGGUUUUUCUUCGCUUGGCGAAUUCUUGACAGAUCUGAUGCAACAAGAAUCACGAGGCAAGCGCUUUCGCCAAAAAUCAAGGUCUUCCUCGUCGGAUUCGGCUGACGGCGACCAAACAACCAGCUCUAAACGGGCAAGACUCGAGGAUGAACAGAACGACGACGUAGCUGUGUUGCUUGGCGAGUCCCAGCCCCAGGUGGAAAACUCUGGCAAUGACAAUGAAGAAGAGUUUGGCGCAAUUUUGGACAGUGUUGUCCAAGAGCUGGACGAAGAACAGUUGGGGCCUGAUGUGUCCGAGAAGCUGCAUGCCCAAGUUAUUAAUAAAACUCUGCGCUCAAAAUUGAGCGAGGAAAAACGUAAAGAAAAGCAAAACGCUUACCCUAAACCACAAAAUUGUGAAUCACUAGAAACUACUCGGGUUAAUCUAGAAAUCUGGGCACGACUACAAUCUUCAACCAGAUCUCGGGACAUACGUCUCCAGAAAGUACAAAGCCUCUUGCUGAAAGGGCUACUGCCAUUAGUUCAGCUCCUUGAAAAUUGUCGACAAUCGGAUGAUAGGUCGACUGAUAAAGGAAAAAUCAUCAAGCUGGCACUUGACUCAGUAAGCCUAGUCGCUCAGGCAAAUGUAGAGCUCAAUAGCCGGCGACGAGCAUUGAUUAAGCCUGAUUUGAAUGAAAAAUUUCAGCAAAUCUGUGGCGAUCAU